AUCUCGUAUAAUAUCAUUUAACAUGUAUAGGAACGUGUAAGCGAUUCAAUAUAUUUUUACGCAAGUUUUAGCAAAUUUGCAGCUGCCGGUUACCCUACAACCGAGGAUUCGAACGAAAACCUGAAGAACAGUAAGCAUCUUGUCUUUUAACACAUCGUAUCAGUUGCGAAAUAAGUGACAUGUUUAUCUGAAUAUAUUAUUGCUGGUAAACGAAGACACCCAGAAAGUCAAAUUGAAUGACUGAUUGAAUGAGAGACACAGUAUAACACUUCGGGAAUGAUGAAAUGCAUAGUUUGUUUUAUUUCUCUGCAGCACUGAAAACAAGAUGAUCUUUCUGCAUGGUUUGGCUUUAGCCGUGUAUGAGGUACAGAGAUACCUCAUAUACCGCGAUGAUCAGAGAUUGGAGAUGCUAAGGCGGGAUGCAGCUGGGCAAGCCGCCGCGGAGUCCGCUGCCCAAAAGAACCUCAUGAUUGCGGCUGAUGCUGCAGUGAAGGCCAAGGUUGCUGCUGCUGUAGCAGACGCUGAGUAUGCCGCCUGGAAGGCCCUGAUUGCUGCAGCUCUGGAGGCCGAGAGAGUGUCUGCAAACUUAAGGAAGAACGCCGGGACGCCUGCAGCGUUGGAGGCCGACAGAUUAGCUGCAGCUGCCACGGUGAAGGGCCAUUCUGCUGCUGCAGCACUGGAGGCCGAGAGAGAAGAAGCAGCCUUUGCCAUGGCCCAGUCUGCUGCAGCACAAAAUGCUGAGAACCUGUCUGCAGCUGCUGCUUAUUUGGCCAAUGAUGAAGACGCUGCAGUCAAACAAGAAGCCCAACAAGAAGGGCAUGUUCGGAGGCAUGAAGACUGGCUUCAUGCUGUAAAUGCUGUGUCUGAUUGGUCCUCGGCCGUCUACGUCAUUCCUGCAUGAUCCACCCGCAUGUCCUCCACUAACGACCUUGACCCUGAUUGAAAUCGAAACGCCCGAUGAACUUUUUGCUCUGUGUAUAAGAAACCUUCUGAUCAACUUCAUAAGAGAUGCGUUAAUUUAGAGGCUGAUGGGUAAACAGUUUAACAUAUUAUUCGGAUAUCCAUAAAUGUACGUGUAAUUAUCGUUUCUUUAGAUAUGUGUUGAUUUACAUCUUGAUUAUCAUGUUGAUUUACUGUCUGAUAUUUAGUGAUGACAAAUAUCCCGACCAGCAGGAACACUGACCGACUGUGACGGGAUUGUGCGGAUGUGUUGUGUCACCAUCCAUGUGUUGUUGACAGUCCAGGGCGGACUAAAUCGUGCUAAAGUUGUACAGACUAGGUUGUUCAAUACAAGCGUCAUGUUGUCAGAAACAUUAUCAAGUUGUUAAAGAGGGGUCGGUGAUGAAGUAGA